AUGCUGCGCUCCGAGACUUGGAGGCAAGUACGCUUCUUCAAGCUCAACAUCAGGAGUAUUUGCGAUGCCUUUUUAUCACCGACCCGAGCCAAGUUGAUGUACAACUACUUCAUCGAUAUAGCGGAGAGCCAGGACAACGUCUCCAAGACAUUAGAAAAAGGACCCAAAUAUGCAGUAGAGCCUAAGGCCAAAACUGUGGACCUGAUCGGUAUGGUGCACGACGUUGCAAGGAAGGUUUCUGAAGAAGAGAAAAACGCAUGCAUAGCUGCCGGCAUCAGAGCUGUUUCCAACAAAUUAAAAACAGCCAGGCAACCAGGCGUGAACACCAACCACACGUGCACGUCGUCUCAGACUCGGGAGUUCCUAGAGGUUAGACAGCGGGAGGCGGGACGGAUGGCACUCGGGGCACACAGGGGGACUCCAAACGAAGGGGUGCAGGGGGACCUCGGAUGGUCUGCUUUUGAGUCGAGGGAAGCGGUGGCUAAGCUGUCUUACGAGAGGCGUCUUUGCGGCCUCGGAGAGGAGCGAUGGGCCAGGAGGGUGUUUAAGUACCUCGUGUACAGGAGUUUAAACACGCGCCUGACCAAACGGGUGGCCAGGCUCGCGGGGAAGUAUGAGGUACCACCGACCCUGCUGGACGGCCGGCCGCUCCGAGAGGGAGUUGCGGACCUCAAGAAGCACGUGCGGCAGGUCGAGACGCGAAGGUGGACGGAGUCGGCCACACGAAAACCAUCAAUGACUGUGUAUGCGGCCUCGAAGCGGGCGAUCGAGCGGGAGCAGCUGUAUGAUGACUCCAGGGGCAGCGGCUUGCUUUUCGAGGCACGAACGGGGACCCUCAAGACCAGGCUGUGGAGAUCGCGACAUGACGCUGGGGCCCCAAUCGCCUGCGUCGCCUGCGGAGCAGCAGAGGAGACAACCGAACAUCUGGUGCUGCAGUGCAAGGCCCUCAGCCCGUGCCCCCAGGUGGACCAUCUGCCGGACGCGCUGGGCUUCCGGACGGCGGAGCGGGGGGAUGACGGCGAGGAACACGUCGAGACCACCAAGCGCCGACUAGAGCAGUGGUGGGAGAUUUCCUGGCGGCUGUGGAAGAGGGAGAGGCGAGCUGGGCCGGACGUGCAAGCGCAAGCCGGACAACCGAUGUUUUCCGCCCAAGUCGACCUGCCCCACACCGAGGACCCGACCGAAGCUGUACCACAACAAGAACUCGGCUAG